UGCAGACGCAGCAGUAGCGCUGCACAGAAGAGCGAGCGGUCGGCUUAAAGAGUCGAGCCUAAAAAUAAGAAAAAACGGACAUUUAAAAUAAAUAAAUAACAUUCGUUAUAUAUAUAGUGUACGUUCGGAUCCUAAUGGUCUUCUGAUAUUGAUAUCUCGGCGUGUGUCUGUGCAGAUCGGCGGCCGUUAUUGUCUGUGGAUUUAUCUCAGAGGACCGAACGGAUAUUUCUCCGGUCGCGGAAGGAUUACACGCUCGCUACGGAGAGCAUACCGUCACCCGCUCGGUUCAGAGGUCACGGGAUUAUCGGAUGGAGCGGAGCUGCAGCAGUCACGGAUCGCGGUCCCGGUGUCCGGAGCUCCUGAACGGAGACGCGUCCAUGAACGUAUCGAUCAGCUCCACGACAGGAACCCGCUUCGAGCUGUCCGUCCCGCUGGACGAGACCGUGCACGGGCUGAAGAGGAGGCUGUCCGAGAAGCUGCGGGUGCCCGGAGAGAGACUGCUGCUGCUGCACCGAGACACGAGGUUAAACUCGGGGAAGCUGCUGGAUUUCGGUGUGGCUGACGGAAGCAGACUGACGCUGGUGCCCACGGUCGAAGCCGGACUGAUGUCGCAGUCGUGCCGCUCGGAGCAGUCGGUCCUGCAGGCGCUGGAGAGUCUCUCAGACGCUCAGGUCAGUGACUUCCUGUCGGGACGGUCUCCGCUGACCCUUGCCCUGCGUGUGGGCGAUCACAUGAUGUUUGUGCAGCUCCAGUUGGCGGCUCAGCCGUCCGUCUCCAGGGGACCUGCGGGCCCCAACCAGACGCCUGCAGGGGCCCUCAGCAGUGACUCUCAGCAGCAGGAGCUGGAUGUCACUAAGAGCCACAAUGCCCCGCCCUCAUCUCAUGUUCACCACGCCCACAGUACGCAAAGCCACGCCCCUGCUCUUCACUCACAUCCUGGUAGCCACACCCACCCUCCUCAAAGCCCCGCCCAUGCUCCACCCUGCGCUCAGGCUGAAGGCAGCACUCAGAGCCCCAGACAGCGAUGCAAACCCGGCGCCGUCAUCGAGAGCCUCGUCAACCACUCGCCGGGAGUUUUCUCAGGAACCUUCUCAGGUACUUUACACCCUAACUGUCAGGACAGCAGCGGGCGUCCUCGCAGGGACGUCAGCACCAUCCUGCAGAUCCUCAACGACCUCUUGAGCGCCACGCGGCAUUGCCAGGGAUCUCCUCCAACACUGGCGCACCUCCGCUGCCCUCCGGCCUCGCCCUGCUCACCUCCACCCUCACCUACCUCAGACCUGCAGCAGCCGCACACACUCCUGCGCAGACCCUCUGGCGAGCGUCUGCGGCAGACGGAGAACAAGGCCACGCGCUGUAAGGUGGAGCAGCUGAGGCUCUUACUGCAGCAGCGGCGUCUGCGACGGAAAGCCCGGAGAGACACUCGGGGCCCGUAUCACUGGCCAUCUGACCGCAGCCACCGCAACAGCAGCCUGUCCAGCCACGGCUCCCUGGACCUGGACUACGAGGAGCCGGUCUGGAAGCCCGACGUGCCGUCAGACAUGAACGCUGAGUUUGUCCUGGCUUGACAGCUGGAUGAAAGCGUGGUGGAGGAAGAGUCUGGACACACACACGGGCAUUAACGGCCGACUGUGAAACACUCAGUCCCUCAGGAGCCGCUCUACGCCGUUUCACGGUCUGUUUCACUUCAUGGAGGUUACGAAACGCAGGAUGUAGCAUUUUCACGUCAAGUGUUCAGCUCCGCUUACAGGAUGUUUUGCACAGUUCAUCUCUCUCUCUCUCUCUCUCUCUCUCUCUCUCUCUCUCUCUCUCUCUCUCUCUCUCUCUCUCUCUCUCUCUCUCUCUCUCUCUCUCUCUCUCUCGUGAGCAUUAAAAUAUGUUUGACACGUGUUUUAGAGGACAGACGUUCAGACAGGUGGUUUAUGAAUCCUGGAUUUGGGCGAAUCUCCUGAAAACAGCUUAUAUUUCACCCCAAAAUUAAAAGAAAAUUAAUGUUAUUUUUCAUAUAAAGAAAAUGAAGCCUUAAAUAAUUAUUUAUAUUAU